AUGCUGCUUAACUCCUUUUUGGACGACUCCGAUGUCGGUAGCGACGACGAAGGGUUCGAUAUAGAUUUCGCUGAGCUUCCAAACCGCAGAUUAGCUCCUGAUGAGCAGCAACAGUUUCUGGAGUGGGCAAACAGGAACAUCCAGCAAGAGAUAGCCCAGUUCGUGGCCCCGCCUUCAUCUAACCGAAUCGCCAGCGAAUCGUUCGCCCAAUUACUCAGUUCUUCGGACGACGACGACGCGGACUUGCUGCCUCCCGUGAAAAAGUCUAGGUUUGAUGCUUUGGUCGAUUCGGAUUCAGAGUACGAUUCGAACAGUGAUGCUGAUUCGGAUCUGCCUGAUGUCGAUCCCACCAGCCCCGUAUAUCUGAAAGCUGCUGCGUCGAAAAUAAGAAAAGUGAGGGCUGCAGUUGAUACAAAAAUGAGUACACAGAAUGAGGAGGGUGAUGGUCUGCUGGAGCUGUCGAAAAAACUGGAAAACAGCUCAAUCAGCACCUGGUACGAGCAGGACAACUGUAUAAGUACUCUGGAUGCUCAGAAAAGAUGGGACAACAGUAUCAAAUCGAACGAGACACCCCCACAACCAGCAGUAUUACCUUUCACGGAGCAGGGAUCAGCGUUGGUCGGGACCUACAAAAUCGCCUCCAUCAACUCGCUUUGUAUCAUCUGUCGCGUGCACAUCCUUUCCCUCUGUCCUGUUUGUGAUGCAGAAUUCACAGAACCCUGCACGGCAACGCUGGGCAGCUGCAACCAUGUUUUUCACACCCAUUGCAUCACAAAGUGGCUCUCUCAGUCUAACCGCUGUCCCAUAGACAAUAGCGAGUGGGCUCUUGACAGAGUUUGCAGCCCGCCUGUGGACCCAACCUUUGUUAGUUAA